CCACCCAACCCAACCCGAGAGCUGCGCGCGGGCGAUGCUCGCUCCCUCUCUGAGACUCCUUGGGAGAUGCAGCGCAUCCUCCUGCACGGGUGGGACCCCCCGAGCCUGGCUUCUGCCCCGCACCCAGGGAAGAAGGAUUCCCCGAUGUGAGCUGGUGAAGAUCCUACGCAACCGUAGCUUUGAGGGCUUCGUUGGCAAAACUGUAGCUGACUGGGUCUGCCUGGUGCAACAUGAGAGCAAUUAUGACACCCAUGCUUUUAAUGACAACGGGGGUAAGAGCCGGGACUACGGAAUCUUUCAGAUCAACAGCAAGUACUGGUGUGAUGAUGGCAGAACCCCUGGAACUUCAAAUACCUGUCGUAUCAAUUGCUCAAAAUUUCAAGAUGAUAACAUUGAAGAUGAUAUUCGGUGUGCCAAGAUAAUUGCUAAAGAGGCUCGUGGCCUCACACCCUGGGUUGCCUGGAAAAAAUACUGCCAAGGCAAAAAACUGGAUUCCUAUGUCAAGGGUUGCUAAUUGACUCUGCGAGCAGCGGCUGUGUUCUCAGGAUGACCAACGGUGAAGAGUGAGGCUGUGUAGAGAGCGACUAGGAAAAUGGAUGGGUGCAGGGAAUUAAACGCAGCGUAAGGUAGAUGGGUUGCUGGCUAUCGCUAAUACAAUGAGGCUUUGUGCUAAUACAAUGCAAGUAGGGAAUUUAAAGGCUGAUGGCUUAGUAGAAAUGAAACUUAGUGGAAGUGAGAGCAUUACAGGUGGAUUUUCAGCGAUUUACUUGCAUAGUCCUGUCUCAAGAUUUUGUUGUCCUGAAUGAUGACCAUUUAGGUGUUCUCUCUGUUUCCCUAUCUUUCUCUCUCCUCCUUCCUUCCUUCCUUCUUCCCACCCUUUCCCUCUCCUUCCCUUAUCUUCUUUCAUUCUUUUCUUCCUUCUUAUCCGAGAUGAAGAAAAUAAGAUCAUUAAUGAAUGCUGCAUGAGUUACAAGGCCUGCAUAAUGGCAGGUGCCUUGUAUCUAGGGCAGUCCCCGGCUCAUGUGGGAAGUACAGAGACAGAGAACUGCACUGAAACAGAACCUUGUCCUUAAAUUUGUCCUGAACAUCUGCUCCUAGCUGAUGUGGGAGAUAGGGCACUGAAAUGUAUGGACAUCUGGUCUGGCUGAAUAUGGCUUUUCUUACUAUCUUUUGAGGUGUCAGAUCAAAUACAGUGUAGAAAAGAUGCAGGGAGUUCCUGUCUCAGUGAGGAAAUAAAGGAUGGGAAAGCCAAUUAGGGCAGGGAAAUGUUUUGCCAUUUAGAUCACAAGUAACUUUUCCAAAUGAAUGCUGAAUCCAGGAGCUGCACAAAUGGAAGGGGACAACACUUCAGCCUUCAGCCACGCUUGCUUCUUUGUAUGCUUUGUUCUGCUGCUUGGUGAGCAGUGACUGCUUUUAUGUUUAGACAAUAAAGAGAUGCUUU